GUAGUCGAAAAGCUUUGCAUAGAAUAUUGUAGUUGAAAAGCUUGAAAGAAAUGGCGAGCCCAUUGAGAUUGUAUCUGUGUCUCUGCAUCUCCCUAACAAUGACAUCUCUCUGUGCUGCAGAUACUGUAACGCUGGAGAACAAAUGCUCGUUCCCCGUGUGGCCAGGCAUAUUUUCAUGGAACACACGUGGCUACGACGUACCUGAGGGGUUUAAGCCCCUGCUAAAUGCAAGCGAGUCAUACUCCAUGGCCUUUCCUCAUGAAUGGCAGGGAUCGAUUUGGGGAAGGUUUGGAUGUUCCUUCGAUUCAUCAGAGCGAGGAUCUUGUCUUUCGGGUGAUUGCGAAGGACAUCUACGGUGUGAGAGUGCUGGCCCAAUGGAGCCAAAUAUUUCAACGCCAGUUACACAGGUCUCGCUAGAUGGUGGGCCAAAUGGUGGGUUGUAUUCUAUUGAGUUGGAGAAGGGUUAUAACCUCCCAAUGUCAAUUAAGACCUGUGAAUCUCAGGAAUGCACUCCACCUCUUGCUGACAUUUGCCCCACAAAUUCACAGGUGAAGGUCAAUAAUGAGGUGGUCGCGUGUAAAGGUGAGUGCGAUUCAUAUCUCUCGAAAUGCACUCCGCCUGAGUUCGAUGCCGCUUUCAGGAAAGCCUGCCCAAAUGUUGAUCCUUUUGGCCGAGAAGUAAUAUAUUGCCCAAAUCCAUCUAAUCUCACCAUUACUUUCUGUCCUCCACAGUGACCUAAUUUUCACGCUUCUCGCUUCUGUUUUUUUUCUUUAUGAUGUAUGAAAAAUACAUCAUCCAGUUAGAUUGUCCUUUACAUAUAAUAAAUGAAAAUCAGAAUAAAAUAAUUUCUUUUUCUAGUUUCUC